CAUAGGGACGUGUACAUUUAUUGUGAUGAAAUUGCUAAUCAUAGAGGAAGAUAUUUAUAAAAUAGUUUUGACUUAUACUUUUUUCUUCCUCAAAAAAUUGUUAUUGUCUUGCUUAAUUUUUAUCAGCCAGCAAAAGUAUAAAAUAUAUAUAUCAGUUUCCCAAAUUAGGAUGUAAUUCUUUUCCCAGUGGUUUAAGAGUGAGAGACUGAUGCUUUGUGUUAUCACAUUAUUGCAUAAAAACAUUUCUUGACUCAUUAACGACAAUUGUUAAAAAAAAAAAACAAUUGAGGAAACUGCAGUUGUUGUUAUUAAUGUUUAAAAAUGAACACAAACAGGACGAGAAUGUAAGUUCUGUCUUUCAAUAUCAGUGUUAAUUUGUGCGUGCAUGUUGAGAGUAUACUAUGUCAUACAUCUGUCAUCUCAUAUCGACAACAAUGUUAUUCAACCUUUUGUGUAGUUUUGCAAUAUAUAUAUAGAGUAAACUAUUUUGUUCCAGGAAAAAAAGCAGUGACCAUCAUUUGCCAGCUCUGCCGAUGAUUGUGUGUAUUGAGCAUGUGCAUAAUCAUCCAGUCACAGGCAAUCCCAAAGUAAUGCAGCACCGGGAUGUCUCAGAGGAAACAAUUCAGAAAUUCAAAGAUUUGUUUGCUGGAGGGCAAACUCCAGCAUCUGCUCUUAAAAUGCAUAAACUUAAUCUUCACAUGAAGCACACAACCAAUUACAAGUAUUUGUCCUCUGACCGUUUAGUUUGUCCAGACUUGAGUUUUGUUUACAGACUGUAUGCCAAAGUAUUCAAGAAGAGAGAUGGUGCAGAUUCAGAAAACUCUGUAAUACCUGAAGAGUUGACAACACUGAAAAUGAGGUUCCACAACUUUGUAGCUUCUGUGGAGAAACAGUUAAAUGAAAAUAAAAAUGAAUGUGCACCAGCAGUAGAAGCUUUUUUCAUCAAAUUGGGAGAGGAUUAAAACAGACUCAGAUCGUGUUUCAGCCCUGCACACCUUUGGUAAAGACCAUAACUGCAUGCCAUUUUCAGUCAUCAAGAGAAGUGGUAUUCAAGUCCAACCAACAGCUGUUAGUCACAGACAUAUGCCACUUGGGGGAAAGUGAUUAGGCAGACAACCAAAAAAUCGUGGCACCGAGAACAAAGACUUGAAGCGUUUAAACAGUGAAGAUGGGAGCAUGCUUAUGAUGCCCAAGCUGCGGCCUCGGUAGCUCCUCAUAACUUAAGGAAAUCUAUUUUACAAAAUGAGAACAUUGGAAAGAAACACAUCAAAAAGGUAAUUUUAGAGAUUCAGUGAAUAUGAUACACACAUUGUCAGCACAAUAAGCACAUACUUUGGUUGAGAUUAUUUAGAAGCUGCUAGUUAACCACAAAAAAUAAAAACUACAUGUAGCCGUCCUUGACUUCCAGAGAGCUUUUGAUUCAGUGACUAGAGAAAAACUUAAGACUGUAUUACAGAAAAAUGGUACACCUAGCAAAAUGUUUAGCACUAUCAAAAGUAUGCAUAAAGGUUUUAAAGCCAGAGUGAGGAUUGCUGGGGAUCUGACUUUAUUUUAACUGCUUAAAAGGAUUAAAAAGGGUAAA